AUUGCAUUAAACUCUUCAAGUUGAGCAAACCUAUGAUCUUCAGAUUCUUGAGAUCCGGUUUUUCAAUUCGAAGACUGCGCGAAGCAUCCACCGUGAAACAAUCCCGACAAACAUGACCAUCAUUAUAAAUUACGAACAAAGACGGUGAAACGGCUACGCAAGACCCAACGGGCUGUAGCGAUAGCUCGGACGACACCAUUGUUUAGACUCCUAUCAAAUUGUCAACCCCCACUUUCAUACAUUUUAUAAAGUACAAUAUGAAGUGGCAGCUCGCUAUGUAUUGUGAUCCUAAGCAAUAUUUCUUGCGCGUUGUCGUGCUCUGUGAGUUACUGCCGCAGAACCGGACUUUACGAUGUGUGGUGUAUCCGGGGAAUUCCUUUUACGAAUUCUGCUGUUGAAUUUUGUGUACAUUGAGAACAAUUAUGUGACAUGUGAGGAACUUCCGAAUAACGUUUUCAACGCAAACAUAAGAGAUUAUUAUGUGAAGGAGGAUGAUAACUCUACUAAUGUGAAAACCCUGCAGAAAGAAGAGGUAGGCAGAUAUGCCAGCUUUGCUCCGAUUCGCAACCCAAUACGAUUUAAGGAGAUUCCGGACAAUGCUCUCUCCAGUUCAAGUUAUAGCCGAGGGUUGCUGCAUCACGACCACGGUGGGCAUGAAGGUUACGGAAUACACGAUGGCUACUACGAGGACGGCUCUCCCUACGGCCACGGUUACGCCUACAUCCACGACGACCACGACUACGACCACGAUGGACAUGGACAUGGACACGGACACGGACACGGACACGAGCACGGACAUGGACACGGACACGGACACGGCGGGCAUGGGAUCAACUUAGUUUUUUUACCAACAACAUCGCCAGCUGAUCCCUCGAACCUCGAACAUCUGCCGAUAAAUUUACUUUAUUUACAGCUGGCCACAAAAGCGUUAUUAUGGCCAAUAGCAGGCAUCGCCCUCCUCGGCGCCGCUGCCGCUCUGGUCACCAACCCCGUCCUGCUUCAACUUGGUGUCGUCUCCGGGAAACGACGGAGACGCGACACCUUGGAGACAUCAGGAGAAUCAGGAUCUGACGAAAACUGGCCACUUGAUCCGUACAGCGUCGAUAGAAAGAGCAAGAAAGGAUCGCUUGCUAAGAAAGUCCCUGGUCAUGUGUCGAAAUCGGAAAGGAAUCGAUUUGUACCGAUACCUCUUAAGUUUAAUAAAGAGCAUUGAUCGAUAUGUAAGUUACUGCAUUUUUGGUAAUCUUUGUUUUAUAAAUGCAAGUAGGUACUUUCGGUUCGAUUCAAUGUUACUCAUGUUAUUCCUAAUUAGCUCUAAUUGGUGACUGAUAGUGAAUUUCCUGUGAUAAUCUGGAAACACUACUUACUUAAGUCAAGUACCUAUAAUACUUACUUAAUAAGUCAA